CCACGGAAACGGGACUGGGCGAAAAGCCAUCACUGGCACGAACUUGGCGAGAUAACUUUUAUAUUAUUAGGUUAUAUCUAAUAUACAGAUAUAACAAUAUCAUAUUAUAUCUAAUAACGUUAAACACAAUGGAGACGCCUGGGAAUGCCGUGGAAACCAACUAUAGAACUAUCAAAAUAACUGUCGUCCGUGGAAACAACCUGCAGGGCAAGAGGCCCAGCUCCGUGCAGGUGGACAUGGACGGAGAGGUCCUGGGAGAGUCCGACCGGAAGCUGCUCGACCCCAAGGACCAGCGCGUCCACUACGACUUCACCUGCAGCCUGCGCGUCCCCGGGGGCGUGCGGGGCCUCCGGGACGUGGCCACUAAACCCGUCAUAUUGACGGUGAGGGAGCUGCUGCCCGUGGAGAAGAAGGUGGAGGUGAAGCCGGUGGUGCUGGGCCAAGCUGUGGUGGACCUGCUGCCGCUUCUCUUCGGCCGGAGCAGCUUCUUGUCCACGGUCCCCCUGAACCCGGCGAGCGUCCCCUCGCCUAAGGGGGCCUCCCCACUCCCCAGCAAGAGCGGCUCCACCGCGGAGACGGCAGAGGGAGCCAGACAGAAGCAGCUGGCCAGAAAAGUCUUUUCGAAGUGGAAGAAGCAGGCUACCCUGGACGUGUGCGUCAGCGCGGCGGACCCGCUGCUGUCCGAGGCCGAGCGCGCCGCCUCCAACCUGCUGAAGGUCACCGUGGAGACGGCGUUCUCCGUCCCCGAGGCGUGGGCGCCGCAGUCCGCUCCCUGCACCUACACCGCCGCGCUGGAGGUCCCGCUCACCGCACAGGCCGGUGGAAUGUUGAGUUUGGACCGUUUUAAAGAAAAAACAUCCCGUCCUCAAGUGCGACUCUCACUCAUCUCUGUCCCUCCCCCGCCCCCCCAGGAAGACCAGGUGCUGUUGUUCUGCGACGGCCAGCUGAAGGCGGGCGGGCUGAAGGAGCAAAACGGCCGACAGAAGAAGAGGCCCAAUCCGACCGCGCUGGUCCCGGGGAACCGCCUCCUGCCCGCCACCUUCAUCUACGCGGCGCCCGCGGAGCAGGAGGACGGAGAGCUGAAGGACGCCAAGGACCGGAGGUUUCGCGAAGAGGCGGAAACCGUGAAGAGCAGAGUGAGCUGGGACACGGAGACGCGCUGCUUCAUGGAUGAUGGAGGAACGACCAGGCUGCGGCAGAAGAUCACCAAGAGCAGGCUGUGGCCGGUGGAGGUCAUGAGGUCGACCAAGGUCGCGGAAAUCAAGAUGCUCACCGAGGAGAACCCAGAGAUCCCCUUCCAUGGCGUGGCGUUUGUGGACAUGGGGCAGCUGCUGUAUCCCGGAGUGCGCCGCAUUCGAGGAGCGUACGGCGUUCAGCCGUUCUCCGAGGCCGAGAUGCAGAAUAAGGCCCGGCAGAGCGGCAGCGUGCUGCGGCAGCAGGCCAAGGCCAUAGCCAAUCAGGUCAAAGCUCGCGCCGGCUCGGCCGCGGGCUCCAACAAGGGGAAGGCGGGGAAGACCGCGGACGGGAGGGGAGCGAAGGAUCCCAAAGAGCCCGCCAAAAAGCAACCGGCGAGUCAGAUCAGAAUAACGGCGGCCGACUCGGUGGCCGACUCGGUGGCCGACAGCGAGCCGCGCGCCAACGCCGAGGGAAACCUGUACGCGGAGGCCAGGACGUAUGUCAUCAUCGAGAUGACCUUGGAGAAACCGCUGGUCGCCAAAACGUCUCCGGAGGAACUGGCCAGGAGACUGAAGGCGUUGAUCCCACCCAGAGCUCCACUUUCAGCGGGUCCCAGCAGAGCAGAACGAGCCGUGCUGGACUUCCACCGGCAGGUGGCCAACGUGACGCAGCACGUGUCGGACGUGUACGGCGAGGUGUUGGGAGGCGAGCCGCCGGAGGAGCGCAGCCGGGAGCAGACGAAGGUCCGGCUGAUGGGAUCGCUCAACGGCUCGCCCACAUAUUACGCCUUCAAGGAGCAGAUGAAGCGUGCAGUGGUGAGGAUCGUACGGGACAAGAUGCAGCGGAUGGAGCCGAUCACCGACCCUCAGGAGCUCAAACUCUUUGUCAGCAAGCUCUACGUCUACCUGGUGGACCAGAUGUACGUAGCUCUCGACAAGAUCUCUCUCGAUGACGUCGUCGAUGACUCCCCCGACGAGGUCCGGCUGAGUUCUUCUCAGCUCCGACGUUUCGCCGCAGAGGCUCAGCUCACCGGGGACCACGAGCAGGCGGCUCGGCUCCACCGAGAGUUGGUGGUGAGGCACCCGACUGACCCCGCCCCCAAGUUGGAGUGGGGGAGCCUCUACAUGCAGACCGGAGACUACAUGAAGGCCAGAGAGUGUUUCCAUGACGCUGUGUCCGUGCAGCAGGCGCACCAGCCCAGCCUGAUGAUGUGCGGGGUCUUGGCGGCGCUGUUGGAGCGCCACGAGGAAGCCCGGACCUUCCUGGAGCGAGCCGCCAGCGUGAAGCCGCCCAGCGUGGCGGCCUGGACGCUGCUGGGUUUGCACCACGAGAUCCAGAGCGAGUCCUUCAUGGCCGAGAGGGCUUUCCUGGAGGCCCGAGGGCAGCUGAGGGCCGAGGAGGAAGCAGAGAGGCGGACGCAGAGGGGGGAGGAGACGACGGAGGAGGAGGAGGAGAAGAAGAAAGACCAGCAAGAGGAGGAGACAGACACGGCGGCAUGUCGGUCUCCCACCGGUAAGAAAGGUGCAGUGGGAGGAAACCAGGACUCAGAGGUGCAACGUGAGCCUCCAGUGGUGCGGCGGGUCAGCUCCACGCCGGCUCCGGCUAAACGCUCCAUCUACACCGAGACGGCUCGGUUCCUGCUGCAGAACUUUGCUCUGCAGAUGGCAGAGCGAGCUCUGUCCCUGGAGCUGCUGGCCGACGGCGGCCGCAGCGUCUCCUACCUCCUCCUCACGGCCCGGCUGCAGCUGCUGCGAGCGGACCACGGCGCCGCCGCCGCCGGCCUGGAGGAGGCGCUGUUUCACAGCGACCAGGAGCAGGAGGCGGACGCGUGGGCGCUGAGCGGCCACUGCCACUUCCUGCGGGCGGCGUUCACCGACGCCCGGGAGAGCUACGAGUGGAGCCUGAACUUACCGCGGCCGCCGUCCGACUCUCACCUCGUGCACCUGCGCCUGGGGGCCAUCUGCCUGCAGCAGGAGAAGUUCGAUCGAGCCAAAAUGGUCUACCAGCAGGCGUGUGAGGAGUCUCCCUCCUGCCUGACCUGGCUGGGCCUCGGCACCGCCUACUACCGACUGGAGGAGCUGGGUGUCGCUGAGGAGGCUCUGACAGAAGCCAACCAUCUGAACACCCAGAAUGCCGAGGUGUGGGCGUACCUGUCUCUGAUCUGCCUCAGGUCGGGCAGACAAGAGGAAGCAGAGCAGUUCCACAGAUACGCGUCGAGGUUCCACCCGCAGAAGGAGGCGCUCCUCGCAGAGUACGACGAGCUGAAGCGCCGGCGCCGCUUCGCUCCGCUGGCGUCCUGCUUCGGAGCGAGCGCAUGAGUCUCUGCAUACACAACGCACACGUUUCAAAAGACUUUCAUUGUUAUUGUAAUUUAAAGCGUUCAACACUUCCUGUGACGAUGUAAUUGUCAAAAGCCGUCAAAGCCGCGAUGAACUCAGGAGAUCUUCAGUGCACACGAACUCAAAGCAACACAAAUGUAUAUAAAACAACGGACAUGUAGUCUUUAAAAAAGAAAAGAAAAUGUAUACAGCAAAUAGCUAAAGGAAAAGACAAAAGCGCGUGUGAGGGCGACGGGUCUCGCCUCUCAUGUGAUGAGACGUCGUUCGGCAGAUUUCUUUUGGCACAAGCCGUCCUGCGCUGGGAAGGAAAUGUUCUGUGGAAUAAGUUUCUGUCAGAUCCAUUAAUUCAAUGCGUAUUUAACAGGAAAUGCAUGUCAGGCCUGAUUGUAUAUCAAAAACGUGUCUUCCCCAAAUUAAAUGCGUCUCAAUCACA